AUGCCACCCAAGACAGCAUCAGAGAAAGUGAACCAGGUCGCCCGCAAUGACGGGGUCGUCAACCCAUCCGGCGCCGCCAUCAGCGGCUUCGGAGCAGCAUACCUCAUAGGCGUCCCCAUCACCUCCAGCAUCACCAAAGCAGACGGCGUGUUCCACGGCCUCAUCCAGCGACUCUUCGAGGUCUUCCCCGGCGGCAUAGCCCCGGGCCGCACCAUCCCAGCCCUGACGGCCUUCUACGUGUUCAUGACCUUCGGGGCGUCGGGCGCCAUCUCGGCCGCGGGCCAGGCCAUGGGCCGCCGCGAGGGCCUGGACAACAACACGCCGCGCAAGCACGUCCACACCCUGGACGGGCUGCCGCUGCGCAUGCGGUCCGCGCACUACGGCCUGCUGGAGAACUUUGCCGGGUUCGCCGUCGCGGCGUCCCUGGCGCAGAGCCUGGCGCCUGCUGAUGCGCAGAUUGCGAACCUGCUGGGGCUGCAUGUGCUGUUGAAGACGGGCUUGUACUAUGUUAGCUACCUGGCCGACGUCGCGCCCCCUCGCACGUUGAGCCAUGUGUUGGCGACCAGCGCGGUGAUCAAUGUCUGCUGGAGGUUGGCGAACGGUGCUUAG